AUGAGGAGAACAAGUUGCUCCAUUGCUCAUCAAUUCUGCUCCGCUUCAAGUCUAAUGUCCACCACACCGCAAAAGACUACUGCUGCCAAGGGUGAUACAACGCCUGCGGCUGCAGCACCGGAAAAAAUGGAAGUGGAAGAGGCACUGGAUGAGGAAAUUCUUCGUAUGGCUCCUGAAGAUCUCAAAAGCAGAACUCAUCUGCUGGAUAAUGAAAUCCGCAUAAUGAGAAGUGAGGUGCAGCGAAUCAACCAUUCCGUUUCUACAUUGAAAGAGCGCAUAAAAGAAAAUAACGAGCGGAUCAAGGUGAACAAGACUCUACCUUAUCUGGUCUCAAACGUUGUGGAACUUCUAGAUUUGGAGGACAAUCAAGAAGAAGAGGGAGCCAACGUUGAUCUUGACGCUCACAAAACUAAAUGUGCUGUCAUCAAAACGUCAACGAGAGCAACCUAUUUUUUACCAGUUGUUGGACUAGUUGAACCAUCAGAGUUGAAGCCGGGAGAUCUAGUUGGCGUGAACAAGGACUCAUAUCUGAUUCUGGAGAAACUUCCGGCAGAAUACGAUUCACGUGUGAAGGCUAUGGAGGUUGAUGAAAGACCAUCGGAGCAAUAUUCCGAUAUUGGAGGUUGUGAUAAGCAAAUCCAAGAACUCAUCGAGGCUGUAGUACUGCCAAUGACACACAAGGACCGCUUUGUCAACCUCGGUAUCCAUCCACCAAAGGGGGUCUUGCUGUAUGGACCACCAGGCACGGGUAAAACCAUGAUGGCUCGCGCUGUUGCUGCGCAAACUAAGUCGACUUUCCUCAAACUUGCCGGUCCACAGUUGGUUCAGAUGUUCAUUGGAGAUGGCGCAAAACUUGUUCGUGACGCUUUUGCACUUGCCAAGGAAAAGGCUCCUGCUAUUAUAUUCAUCGAUGAACUUGAUGCUAUCGGUACCAAGCGUUUCGAUUCUGAAAAAGCGGGUGACCGUGAAGUGCAACGUACUAUGCUCGAACUACUCAAUCAACUCGAUGGUUUCCAACCAAAUGACGAGAUCAAGGUAAUAGCUGCGACAAACAGAAUCGAUGUACUCGACCCUGCGCUGCUAAGAUCUGGUCGGCUUGACAGGAAAAUCGAACUGCCACAUCCAAAUGAAGACGCUCGAGCACGUAUCAUGCAGAUUCACUCAAGAAAGAUGAACGUCAACAAAGACGUGAACUUCGAAGAGCUGGCACGAUGCACUGAUGAUUUCAAUGGAGCUCAGUGCAAAGCUGUCUGUGUGGAAGCGGGUAUGAUUGCUUUGCGGCGUGAUGCAACCGAAGUGCUGCACGAAGAUUUCAUGGACGCAAUCCUAGAAGUGCAAGCAAAGAAGAAAGCAAGCCUCAACUAUUAUGCUUGAGCUGUAUUUAUUUUAUAUAUACCUUUGUUCUUGACACACUCUCUCUGCACUCCUCC